UCGAGGUGAGCGGGUGCAGAAAAUUUAUUGAUGGUGGCUUCAUCGCCCGUGUUCUGUUCUUUUUUUUUGUGUAGUGCCUGGCUCAGGAAUGUUUUAUUUCUUUUACUGUGGAAAUGUAGUCUGCUAGUACUGCUCAGCUUAAUUUUGUCUUUAGCAUCGCUUUAAAAAUACGUGGUUGGAUAUGGGACAAACGGUCCACCCGCAUAACGGAGUCGUAGCGACUUCACUGGUUUCAGAACAGUGCCCGCCAUAGUGAUGAAUAAUGGGUUGAUGUUCUCUUAUGCAGAAUCACAAGGACUCCCGCACAUACCAUGACCGCACCUUCGGCGCGAACGCUUCUGGCGUUCGUCGAGUGCAACACAACGGACCAGUGCGAGGUCCUCGGGGAGAACGCGACGUGCGCCAAGCACGUGUGCCUCUGCCCGUCCUUCGAUCCACUCGCCGAAGGGACACGGUGCAACUCCACCCGGCCUUUCCUCCCUAUGGCACUGGGAAAGAACUGCACCUCAAGCACGGAUUGCUCGAGCACGGCAGCUUGUGUCGCAGGGCGGUGUCGCUGCCCUGACGGUUACCAGCCUUCCGGCGAGCUGGAAUGCAGCGCCAUCAGGCAAACUGGUUAG